AUGCAGAAGUCCAGCGGGGCGGCCACGCUGUCACUCUCUCUCCAGAGACUCUCUCCAAAACUACCAUGCAGGAUUAAAGUUUCCGGAGAUGGGAAAGGGAAGACUAAUGAAAUCCUGGAUGCUUUGCUGAGAUUUUAUCCCAUGCGCUCGAUUAGCAAUGCGCAUGUGAGUGACCGUCGCCGCCCUGACCCCAUGCCCGCCGCUAUGCUCCCCUGUCCCGCGCCAGCCGGGUCCGACUGGAGCUUUCAGAACCCGGUGGGAGUAGACUGUAGCUCCCCUGAGCCUCGCUGCAUCUGGGUUGCAGUUCUGCGCGGUGUCACUGGCCCGCCAGCGGUCAUGCCCGUUGGACUAUCUCACAUUAUGAGGAAAGCGAAAGGGCGGAGGGAUGGUCUCUCGUCGCCCGCCGCCGACAACAACCCCCGGCCGCCGAUGGCAUCUCGGACGGGCAAGGAGGGCGUCAGCAUGGUGUGGAAGGGCCCCCGCACACUGGUCCUUCGCAAAAACUCACAGGGCUUCGGCUUCACCCUGCGGCACUUCAUCGUUUACCCGCCUGAGUCCAGCCUGCACACAGAUCUCAAGGAUGAAGAGAACGGCAACGGAAAGGGUUUCCAGAAAGGCCGACUGGAGCCGAUGGACACCAUCUUUGUGAAGAAUGUGCGGGAAAAAGGUCCUGCUCACGAGGCGGGCCUGUGCACCGGUGAUCGUCUGGUGAAGGUAAACGGUGAGAGCGUACUGGGAAAGACGUACUCGCAGGUGAUCGCUCUCAUCCAGAACAGUGAGAGUGUAUUGGAACUCGCCAUCAUGCCAAAGGAUGAAGAUGUGCUUCAGUUGGUAAGUGCGUACUCCCAAGAUGCCUACCUGACCGGAAACGAACCCUUUUCAGGGGGAGCUGAGAACCUCCCGCCGCCGCCACCUAUCUGCUACCCCCGUGCCAAGACCAUGUCGCCUGCGGGCGUGCCCCCACCUGCCCCUAUGGGCCAGAACCAGCUGGAUAACUGGAGUCGCUGGCCCGGGUCCCCUAGUCCCUCCUCACCCCUAGACAACCGCUCCACUCUGUGCAGCCCUGCCAGUUGGCAGGACGGGCGCUCUGUGGAGCUGGGUGGCGUGGGUCACACCAGUCCUGCCCACCGCACAGAAGAGAUCCAAUAUGGCAUGACCGGGCAGCAGCCUCAGGGACAAACCAGGGGUCGGUCCUAUUCAUCAUCAUCAUCGUCAGGAGGACCAUUAUCUAGCCCGAUGCAGGUCCACUACCCUAAUCACCACCAUGGCGCCACCUCAACACAGGCCCAGCCGCGCAAGUCGGGCAGCUCGGCUUGGACCAGCCCGCCGCUUCCCCAUAUCAAUCACGGGCGAAACGAGCGCUGCCAUCAAGCUCUCUCAGAGUGGUAUCACAGCCAGGUGCCGGAACGCUCUGGACGCAAUAUGCAUACACGGCAACGUAGCUACUCCCAGGACCGCCUCAGCGAGUCCAGGAGGCACCCUCAGCCACAGCGGUCGGGCGGUUGGCCCCACAGUGCCUCGCAGGACACUCUGCUGGUAUUGCAGCAGUCAGGACCGGGGCCACAUGGAGAACCUUAUUGGUGUGGGGAGUGGGGUCCAGAUAGGGUCAAUUCUUCCACCAAUUACACUAGGACUCGCUCAGAAAACCAUCUGGUGCAGUUCGAUCACCACGGACAUUCGUUGGAGAUGUUGGACCGGCCAGCAGCUGGACUGAUUUCACCUCGUUGCGAGAGGUGGCACCAGCCCCCGAAGCCACCUCCCAGAACUGAUGUCCACCAGAGGCAUGGUGGUCCAUACCCUGCAACGCAAGCUCCUCAUUUGCCUCGUCACUCACAGCCGCACUCUAAGCACCCCACGCAGACCCAUUCUCCACCCCAACCUCAGCAGCCGCCCUCCAAAAACCGGCGGCUUCCUCCUGGCCAGAGCAUGGAUGAUCAGCCAGUGGGCUACCGCAGUUACAGCCCCUCCUUCUAUCGUAAGACAGGCCGCAUGAUGCAGCAGGCCCACUCUUUCAGGGACCCCUCAUACUCUGGCCCCCAUCUGAACUGGAACACCAGCCCUCCAGAAGUUGCGCCGACUGUCUCAGCUGUUACCCCGCUGGCUUCCACCUCGCCCGAAUCCCAGGACAGAGCGUACAGACCAACCAACCACGAGCGAGGGUCAGUGGAGGUUCCGCCGCACACCCAAGAGGUGGUGAUGCGGCAGAAGCCUCCUAGCGGACGGAGAAACGCACACGGCAUGCGCCACCCCCACUAUGCGCUUCCUAUGGAUGGCCUGGAGCCCUCCUUGUUCUCACCAGAACCCCCAGACUCGGCAGCCACCUCAAGCUCCUCAGGGGACACUGUGCCAAUUAAGGCAAAUGGCAACCUUGUCCCCCUCUCCCUGGAGGAUGAUUCGCUGGCAUCUAUCCCUUUCAUUGGCGCUAUUAAAUCAGGUCGCCGUUCCUCAUAUCUUCUAGCCAUCACUUCCGAGCGCUCCAAGUCUUGCGACGAGGGACUCAAUGCCUUCCGAGACGAAGGACGGGUCUUUUCGAGGCUACCAAAGAGAGUCAAGAGCUUCUUUACUGAUGGGUCUCUGGAAAACCUAGGCACAGCAGAGGAGGUACGCUCCAAGCGUCACUCCACCUCAGAGUUGGGCAAUAUCACGUACAGCGAUGUGAGGCGAGAAGGCUGGUUGCACUUCAAGCAGAUCCUCACUGAGAAGGGCAAGAAGGUGGGCAGUGGGAUGCGUCCAUGGAAGCGUGUCUUCUCAGUACUGCGCUCGCACUCGCUCUUCCUAUAUAAAGACAAGCGAGAGGCAGUGCUGCGUGGCGCCACGCUGGGCGGCGGCGCCGAGGACGAGCAGCCCAUCAGCAUCCGCGGUUGUCUGGUGGAUAUCGCCUACAGCGAGACCAAGCGAAAGCACGCCCUCAGGCUCACCACGCAGGACUUCUGCGAGUACCUGUUGCAGGCUGAGGAUCGAGAUCACAUGUUGGACUGGAUUCAGGUCAUCAGAGAGAACAGCAAGACUGACAGCGAGGAGCUGGGCUUUUCCAGGCAGGCGCUGAUCAAUAAGAAGCUGAAUGACUACAGGAAGCAGAGCCCAACGGGAAAUAAGCCCGACUCUUCUCCCAGGCUGUCCCGCAUGAAGCCACCUUUCCUGCUCGCCAAAACUGAAAAUGCACUGGGAGCACCACGCUCGCCCAAACCAGAUGUCAAAGAUGAAAGCAGUCCACCCAAGUCUCCGUGGGGAAUCAACAUCAUGAAGAAGACCAAGAAAGCGGGACCUAAAGCCUUCGGUGUGAGGCUGGAGGACUGCCAGCCGGGUGUCAACAACAAGUUCAUCCCACUGAUUGUGGAGAUCUGCUGCGGCCUGGUGGAGGAGAUGGGUUUGGAGUACACGGGGAUUUACCGCGUGCCUGGCAACAAUGCCAUGGUGUCUCUGCUUCAGGAGCAACUCAACAAGGGUGUCGACAUCAACCCGACAGAAGAGAAGUGGCAGGACCUCAACGUCGUCAGUAGUUUACUGAAAUCUUUCUUCCGGAAGCUUCCAGAGCCUCUCUUCACCAAUGACAAGUACAACGAUUUCAUCGACGCCAACCGAAUGGACGACGCAUCGGACAGACUGAAGACCAUGAAGAAACUGAUCCGAGACCUUCCUGAUUAUUACUACCACACGCUCAAGUUUUUGGUGUGCCACUUGAAGACUGUGGCAGAUCACUCUGAUAAAAACAAGAUGGAACCCCGUAACCUUGCUCUGGUGUUUGGACCGACGCUGGUGCGCACCUCUGAAGACAACAUGAAAGACAUGGUCACGCACAUGCCAGACCGCUACAAAAUAGUAGAGACACUCAUACAACAUUACCUCUGGUUUUUCAGUGACGAGCCAGAUAAGGAUGAAAAGACGCCAGUAGACACUGAGGAUGUGCAGCCAGCCCCCAAUAUCGACCACUUAUUAUCCAACAUCGGGCGAACUGCUCUGCUCGGCGACGCCUCAGACUCCACCAACAGUGAUUCCGCCAAAUCCAAGGGCUCCUGGGGGUCGAAGAAGGACCUCACCGCCAAGGACUUCCUGACUCUGUCCAUCAUGUCUGCGGUGACGGGUCGCAAGCGGCGCAAGCGUCAUAACGCUCGGCGGGUGGGCAGUAGCACAGACGACGACUCUGAGCACGAGCCCGUCAAGGCGGAGGAGGAAGAAGUGGGAGAGGGCGCUCCACACGCGGAGGGAGAAGAGGAUGACGACGACGAAGAAGAGGAGGACGCGGGGGAGAAAGAAGAGGUGAAAGAAGAGCAGGCGGUGGUACAGCGUGGGAAAGAGGAAGAGGAGGCUGGAGUAAGGGCAGACGCCCGUUCCAUCGUAUCGGGCUACUCCACGCUGUCCACGUUGGGCCGCAGCUUGGGGGCUGAGGACGCCGACGACGAGCACAGCGAGCUGGUGAGCGAAACGGACAACGAGAGCGGCUUCGCCUCACGGGAGCGUCCCGUGAAGCCUCCGACGCCUCCCCGCAAACCCUCGAAGGUCACGGUGGUCGCGCCGGAGAGGGUGGACGACAGCGGUGGUGGCGGAGGGGCGCGUUCCACCACACCGUCGUCCACGUCUUCUUCACACAGGGUGCACUCGCGGCCUUCCUUCAACUCGCACAAGCUCAUCCAGUGCGACACCCUCGCGCGAAAGAAGCUCAAAAGCGAUAAGAUGAAAGCCCACCCGCUUGACCUGCUGGAGAUCCCCGCCCCGAGCGCCUCACCAGAGGGCGACAACGCUCCCAGGACGAGGACUAAGACAUCAUUGGGAAGCAGCCAGGAGAAUCUUCGCCAAUCCCGCGUCAGGACGGCAGCCCCGCCGCCGCCAUCCGGCGAGGCGGCUUCAUUCGCUCCGGUAGCUAAAUCUCUGGCGGAGCAGGUGCGCGCACGCCUGUUAGGCUCGGCCGACGACCUGCGCAGCGUGGGCAUGCGCAAGCCGUUGUCACCCGAGAGCCGUCGGAAAAAGCGCGCCUGGCGCCGACACACUGUGGUGGCAUCGCCCACCGAGGUGACUAGCGAUAAGCGGCCGCCGCUCGCCACGACUGAGUUACAGCUCUGUGCCCUCACCCCCAAAACGGCGCCACCUCGGGACGACGACGGCGUGGAACGAGUGUCUUCCGGCCGUCAGCUGCCCACAUCCAGGUUCCAUCAGUACCUUUAA